GUAUUUUUAUGUUAUGUUUUUAGAGUGUAAAUACUAACAGUGGCCAUUGAAAAUGGAGGAAUUUUUUAUGAAAUAAUUUUUCUUUAACAAAAAUGUCAUUAUCAAAGACGUAUUUAGGAUUGAAUGAACUCAGACAAGUAUGUUUACGAUGUCUCUCCAACUCAAGUUCUACCUAUCCAAGAUUUUAUAACACUACCCAUAAUAACAAAUGGAGUUCUAUAAAGCUCAGAAAACAGACAUUUUCCAUAAAACCAUUUUAUGUGUCAAAAAGAACAACCACAACUGGACCUCAAAGUGUUCUUCCAAUAACUGAAAUUAUUACAAAAGACAGAAUAAUUCUUUUGGGACUUGGAGUUGUUGUUGUGGGAUGCUUAGUUGGUUAUGAAAGAAUUAGCGCACAAAACAGAGAACAUAAAUUAAUGGUGAAAAAGUUGCAUUCCACUGUUCUAAAUGCACAGAAUGCCGUCAAAGAAGAAAAAUAUGAAGAAGCAGUACAGCAAUAUCGCGAAGCAAGGAAACUUGUUGAUCUUGUUACAAUGAGUAGCUCAAGUGUACAACAUAAAGUUAUUUUAAACAUUGUAGAUCAACUUGGACACUUGUUAUAUGAGUUAGGGAACUGGGAAGAAGCUGAAAUAUUUUUAAAAGAAACUGAAAGUGUGAUGCUCGAUUGUGGAGUACAAAAGGAUGACGAUGUGUACAUAGAAGUGAUGUUGCGGUUGGCAAAAAUAGAUUCUGUUUCCAAUAGAAAAGAGGAAGCACUUGAUCGAUUUAAAUUUUGUAUCAGCAACUUGGAAAAGAAAAUUUCUGUACAAGACAUCUAUAGUGAAGAGCAUUCUGAAAGAUUAACAUUAUAUGGUAUGUUGUUAACUGAAUAUGGCACGUUCACAAGGGCGUUAGGAAUGCUGGAUGAAUCCGAAAAAGCAUUUUCUAAAGCUUUAAAUAUUUGUCGGAGUGUGUUGGGACCAAAUCAUGAACAGACGUCUGUUUUGGCAAACGACUUAGCAACUGUCUACGACGAGAAGGGGAGAUACAACAAAGCCAUUAGAUUGGCCGAGAAAGCAAUUAAAAUUGCAGGCGAGACUGCACCCGAAAAUCUUGCCACUUAUAAAUAUAAUUUAGGUCAUAUAUUAAUGCACCAAGGAGAUCUUGGUCGAGCGAGAAAAUCUCUUCGUGAAGCUUUGCAACUGGCAGAAGAAAACGAAGACACAGAGACAAAAGAAUUAGUUGAGUCAAGCAUUAUGAAGCUUGAUGUACCUUCUUCUUGAAAUUUACUUGUUUUUAAUGCUGAUCUUACGUAAAUAUAACUUGACUUGUAUGGCGGUUGGUUCGUUGACGAUCUGCACUAGUUUCAUGUGUGAUGAAGUGCUAAAAUAUAACAGGUGUGGAGGAGAGCUGUGGUGCACAUAGGUGGAGGACAGUUUAAAAUUGAAUUAUUCCUGUAUAUGCUUUCAUAGUAGAGAAAUAUUUAAUAACUUUUAACCAGUUA